UCUGCGCUGCCACCAAAAGGCUUGCGAGGAUUUGUCAGCCAGAUGUGACAAGAUUGUCAAGAGGCAGGCGAGGGAGAGAGGGAGAUCUGAUAUUAAUCAGAGCAUAGCUGGGAGCCAAACUUUCUCCGAAUCAGUGUACUAACAUGUUCCCCUCAUUUACUCCUUCUCCGAGCCAAACAGUCCCUCCGAGUUCCUAACAGGGGGGAACCACACACACCAGGAAGCCAACCAAACUUUGGCUCGCCUCCUUUCCUUUCCUUGCCUUGCCUUUCCUCCUUCUCCUUCUCCCCCCCCUCCUUUCUCCUCAUCCUCCUCCCUCCCCCCAAACUCAUCUCUUUGUCUUUUAAGAUUUUUUUUUUUUUUUUUUCUCCUCUUAAAGAAGCCAAGCAUUUUCUCAUGGAUAUCCAGGCUAUCUGCUGCACUUUGGUGAACUGUAACUGUGACAGCUUCAAGCCUGGGAAGCUGAAGAGGAGGCAGUGUGAAAACUGCAAGCAUGGCUGGGUGGCACAUGCUCUGAGUAAACUGAAGGUGCACCACAUGUACCAGAGCAGCCAGGUGGAGAUCGUACAUUCCAACGUGGUGUUCGACAUCUGCAGCCUGAUGCUGUACGGGACCCAGGCCAUCCCCAUCCGCCUCAAGAUCCUCCUGGACCGCCUGUUCUCCGUCCUCAAGCAGGAGGAGGUCAUCCAGAUCCUCAACGCCCUCGACUGGACGCUGCAGGACUACAUACGAGGAUACGUGCUCCAGGAUGUAGCUGGAAAGGUGCUAGACCGGUGGGCCAUCAUGACAUUCGAGGAGGAGAUUGCCACGCUGCAGCAGUUUCUACGUUUUGGAGAGACCAAGUCCAUAGUGGAGCUGAUGGCUUUGCAGGACAAAGAGGGCCAAGCGGUGUUGGUUCCCAGCACUCGUACCAACUCUGACAUUCGCACUUUCAUCGAGCGUAACACCCCGCGCACUGCCGCAAACCUGUCGACAACCAAGGUGGAGAAGCUGGGUGGCAACAGCAUGCACCACUUUGAGAACUUCAUCAACAGCAUGGCGUUCAUGCUGCCCUUCCAGCUGCUGGGGUCGGUCCCUGCUCCGUUUCUGGGCUCGCAGACCGGGAUGUUGCAACAACACCAGCAACAUCAGCAGCAGCCAUGUCGCGGGUCAGUAGAGCAGAGUCAGAGACGAGAAGAACAAGGACGAGACAGUCUAGGGAGGGACAACCCCGUCCCUCAUUCACACCCUCCAGAGAACAGCAUGCUCGGGUCGGGCUCUGCUUCAUUUGUGGCUGAUCUAGACCGAAGCGCAGAGAAACAGUUGGACAGCCUCUCCACCACUACAAAGAUUGAACCAGAGGACUUCUCCACCAGUGACAACUACUCCGAUGGACCCUCAACGCCCUGCACACCUUCAAUGAGCUCUGAGAUAACACAGAUGUCACCUGAGGGCAAGCUGCGUUCCCUAGACAGGAACGGUAGCAGCGGCGGAUCAGUAUCUGGAAAUGGUGGGGGAGGGGGCUCCCUGAAGAAGGGCCGUGUGUUCUGCAACGCCUGUGAGAAGACAUUUUAUGACAAAGGCACUCUGAAAAUCCACUACAAUGCAGUGCACCUGAAGAUAAAGCACAAGUGUACCAUAGAAGGCUGCAACAUGGUGUUCAGCUCGCUGCGUAGUCGCAAUCGGCACAGUGCAAACCCAAACCCACGCCUGCACAUGCCUAUGAACCGCAAUAACCGGGACAAAGACCUGCGAGGCAGCUUGUCCGCUGAUGAAGGCUCCCAAGGAGAGAAGAGGUCUGAAUACGGCAGCCCCAUCCCUGCAGAGAAUCAUAAAUCGAUGCCAAGCUACAUGGUGAGUCAUGUGGACACGGGCUCCAAACUCAACAACAGCUCGUUCUCCAGUAUGGGCCAGAGCGGCAUCCUGUUCCCCAACUUAAAAACAGUUCAGCCAGUGUUACCUUUCUACCGCAGCCUGGUUACCCCAGCAGAGCUCGCGAAUACCCCAGGUACAUUACCCUCUCUGCCCUUGUUGUCCUCCUCUGUGCCUGUCAAACCCACCACAGUCCCAGAGGCCUGUAUGACAGACCCCAUACCAAAGAAAAAGUCUCGGAAGUCGAGCAUGCCAAUAAAGAUAGAAAAGGAGGCGGUGGAGCUGGAUGCGCAGAUGGAUAAGGGGAGUAGCUCUGAGGAUGAGGCUCCUUUACAGGGCAGGGACAAAGAGGAGUAUGACAGCCCUGAAGGCUAUAGAAAACAUGAGGAGGAGAUGGAGAGAGGGUCUUACAACGGCGAAGAGAAGGACAGGGAAAUCAAGCAUGUGUUGGAGGAAACUUCAGACAAAGAGAUGAUGGAAAGAGAAGAUGGCAGACCACAGCAGCUGGAAGCGGGGGUCAUCACGUGUGCAUCCUCACCAUAUGAAAGCAAACUGUCAGAUAACCAUGUACUCCACCAAGAACCCAACGGCAACGAAGACCGGGAGGACAGAGGUCAUCUGGCCACCGCCGUGUCGGAGCUCAGGUGGAACGACAUGGAGCACCGGCUGACCAACGGGGGCUCUCCUCAGCUCCUGGACCAGGACAAGGACAGGUCCGACAGCUGCAUCGAAGACUACGGCGACUCGGGUUUGUCUCACUUCGAUCCCGACGCUGACCUGCCGCACCACUGUGAGAUCUGCCGCAAGACCUUUAAGAAUCCGUACAGCGUCAAGAUGCACUACCAGAACGUCCACUUGAAGGAGAUGCACAUGUGCACAGUGGAGGGCUGCAAUGCUGCCUUCCCCUCACGGAGGAGCAGAGACAGACACAGCGCUAAUUUGAACCUGCACCACAAGCUGCUGACCAAAGACACCUUCAGCCCCACCAGCGCCCUGUACUCGCCCUCGUCCAAAUGCAGAGACAGAGACUCUCUGGGCCUGUCGGACUACUGCCAGGACCAGCUCGACAGAGACCUGCUCCAUCGGGACCAGAGAGACCCGACCAGCCAGACCUCGGUCAUUUUCCGAGGACACAACCGCAUGGGCCUGGUCUUCCCCAUGAGCAAAAUGUCCACCACACCAGACAGUACUGAGGUGUCUCCUGCGGGGGAGCUGGAGGGACUAGGAGGUGGAGGAGGAGGAGUAGGGGGGGAACGUGUCGGAGGUGGGGAGGAUGGGGCGGUCUUGGACUUGAGUACCUCCUCGUACGCUCCACCUCGCGGCAGCAACGCUCGGUCUUCCUGGGACUCAGAUGGGGCCGGUAGCGAGGAAGGGAUUGAAGAGGAUGAGGAGGCGCUCCCAAUGGAGGACAGCGAUGAAAGCUGUGAUGGGAUCAGCGUGGGGAAGCCCGGGGGCCAGGAGCUGGCACUGGAGGGGGAGAGGACCCUCGGAUGUGUUGGGGGAGUUCAGGGAGGGCUUCAGGGAGGUGGGGGUGGAUCUCCAAUAACCUGCCACGUUUGCCAAAAGGUCUACAGCAACAAGGGCACGUUCAGGGCCCAUUAUAAGACUGUUCAUCUGCGCCUGCUUCACAAAUGUAAAGUCCCGGGCUGCGAUACGUCCUUCUCCUCUGUACGAAGCCGAAACAGGCACAGCCAGAACCCCAACCUCCACAGGAACCUAGCAGUCAGCUCAGGGGCCGCCAUGGACCAGGAGUAGAUAUUCGUUGAGCUUUUAUGCCUACAUGACUGAUUUUCUUUGUUUCAAUUGUCUCUUUUUUUGUUGUUGUUGCUGUUGUUGUUGUAUGUUUUUAUAUAUCUGGGCACCAAAAAGAAAAGAAAAGAAAAAAAAAGGCUCGCCAAUAAGCACUUUUAAAUCCCAUAACUUAGCCCAUGCUGACAUUAUUUAGGAGUUAAAUUGUUGUGGAUAGUGCAGCCUCUGCUCUCUGAAGCAAAAUCUGAUCACAUUGUGGUCAAUGUUCAGGAAUAAUGUAAUUAAAAUACAUUACAGUUGCCAUAAAAACACUAAAAAUCUAAAUGUUUAGAGUUAAGAAUAUGUUGUUUUUGCUCAAUUCUGGCCACAGCAAAGCAUGUGGAUCUGUAUUCUUAACAUUCAGAUGUAGGGCUGGGUGACACUUUCAUAUUGAAACGUACGGAUAAUAAUUAAAAUCAAGUAAUAAUCUCCUUUGACUUUAACCCUAAAAGACCUAAACAACCACAGACAACUAAAAUAAAAUGUUAUGCAACUUUUUAACAGCUAAUCCUUUCAAUAUAUGUAAAUAAUCGAUGUAAAAUGCAAUUAUUCGUCUUUUCAUGGUCAUCAGAUAUGACCCAUUUGGAUGUUCAGAGGCUCCGUAGUUACCGUGGAAACACCG